UGUGUGCUGCUUGCAUAACCACACUGCAGCACAAACACACACAGACACACACACACACACACACACUGUCUCUCCCGCAGCAGCUUCUCCUCACGAUGGCAGCUCCCAGCAAAGUGUGCAUCAUCGGCUCUGGAAACUGGGGUUCUGCCAUUGCCAAGAUAGUGGGUGCCAAUGCUGCGCAGAAUUCAAAAUUCGACAACACCGUCAAAAUGUGGGUGUUUGAGGAGAUGGUGAACGGACGCAAACUGACAGAAGUAAUCAACACUGACCAUGAAAAUGUGAAGUACCUGCCAGGUCACACGCUUCCAGCAAAUGUGCUGGCUGUCCCAGACCUGGUGGAGGCGUCCAGUGAUGCGGACAUCCUGGUGUUUGUGAUCCCGCACCAGUUUGUUGGGAAAGUGUGCGACACCAUUAAAGGGAAGAUCAAGAGCGAGGCACUGGGGAUUUCUCUCAUCAAGGGCGUCGAUGAAGGACCCGAUGGACUUAAACUCAUCUCUGACGUGAUCCAGGAGAAGCUGGGCAUCACCAUGAGUGUGCUGAUGGGGGCCAACAUAGCCAAUGAGGUUGCGGAUGAGAAGUUUUGUGAGACCACCAUUGGAUGUAAGAAUAAAAACCACGGUGCUCUCCUGAAGGAACUCAUGCAGACCAACAACUUCAGAGUUACUGUAGUGGAGGAGUAUGACGUGGUGGAAAUCUGUGGAGCCCUGAAGAACAUCGUUGCGGUCGGGGCAGGUUUCUGUGAUGGUCUGGGCUUCGGGGACAACACGAAGGCAGCGGUGAUCAGACUGGGCCUGAUGGAGAUGAUUGCCUUUGCGCGCAUUUUCUGCACCGCUGGGCGCGUGUCCUCUGCAACAUUCCUGGAGAGCUGCGGUGUGGCCGACCUCAUCACUACCUGCUACGGCGGCCGCAACCGCAAAGUAGCCGAGGCGUUUGUGAAGACCAAGAAGUCCAUUGAGGAGCUGGAGAAAGAGAUGCUGAACGGCCAGAAGCUGCAGGGCCCAGCCACAGCAGCUGAGGUCCAUCUCAUCCUCAAGAACAAAAACCUCAUUGACAAGUUCCCGUUGUUCAAUGCAGUGUAUCAGAUCUGCUACCAGGACCAAGCAGUCACAGAGUUCAUACGCUGUUUGCAGAACCACCCGGAGCACAUGUAACAGAAAAACCAAACUGACCAAGUGCCUUCUGAACGGAGAACAUCACCACUCUUCAUCUGUUACUCGUCUGGAACAGACGGGGGAUGAUUCGUAACUCCACAGCUGUCGUUUAACUCAACUGUCUCCAGCGCAGUCUGAGUCAUUAAGUAACAUCUGUGUGUUCAGCUCAAAUUUGACCACUUUGUUCUUAACAUUCAGUUUUUGACGUCUUUAAGUGCUUUCUCUCAUCUCCUAAGUCGUACUGAAACUUGAAAGAUAAUUGUUGGGACCAUAUAUGAUGGUCCGAUGACUUUUUGUUUUUGCCUGCUAAAUUCUUUUGGUGCCAGAUGAAAUCAAAAUGCAUAAAACAGAAAUCCAGACCCAGCUGGGAGUCAGAAUGAAUUCAAUAGACCGCAUUAUGGUUAGCGCAUGCCUUUGUAAUCACACAAUGUUGAUGUGGCAUUACGCAUUCUGAUUUUCACAGGCCCACUCCUCAGGGCAUGGUACCUCAUCUCAAAUUUAUGCUGCCGUCCAGUGAGUGCCAUGUCCGUCUUCUCUACAAGUUAUUGAAUCAUAGAUGUAAUACCUCACUUUGUGUCUUACAUAAUUCACUGAUAUUUCCUGUCUUGUACUGUAUUAUUAACAAACUGUCGAUCGCACAGCAACUGUUUUAAUAUGAACAUGUAAGUAAGUGCCUUCAGAUGCACGGUUGCUACAUCUUGGCUGUUGUCUCAUCAAACUUACAGCAUCUACUUAAAGUUUCAGUGUGUAAGAUUUAGGAGAAAAUAAUCUAAUGGCACAAAUUGAAUAUAAAAUAACCCUGGUGAUGUUUUCACUAUUGUGUGUCAUCAAAAUGUUAUCAAUUGUUUCUAUACCUUAGAAGGGGCCCUUUGUAUUUAAAUACCUCUCUACGGAGGCCGCCAUGUUUUUAACAUUAGUCCAGACUGGACAAACUAAACAACUUUUGAGUUUUUAUGAAAACUUAAGGCUUCUACAGGUUCCCUGUCAUGUUUGGAAGGGGAGGGUGAGGUGAGAGUUGUUCAGCUGCAACAUGCAAUUUCACCACUAGAUGUCACUAAAUUCUACACACUGUACCUUUAACGUCCGUUCAUUUCACCUUGUUUUACUGUGAACCUGCCUGACCCAUUUUUCAGUUAUGGCUAAUGUGUGUUUGAAAUAUGUCAACAUUUGUCUGUGAAUAAAUUAAAUCGGUCAUCUCAUCA